AUGUAAUUCCGAAAUAUGAAUCUCCAGAAAUCUAUGACAACAUCGGAUCACCGAUGUAUUCUGAUAUUGAAAUUGAAACACCAAGAAUUUUGUCAUCCAAUGUUGUUGAUAUACCUAUGAAUGCUAAAAUACCACGACUGCGUAAAGUUAGACACCCCAAAACUUUUAAUGAAAAUUAUAAUGAACCAGAAGUUGUUAAUGAUAGAAAUGCCAAUUAUUCGUUUGAUAAUAAUAACUGUCCUUGCCACGACGAAAAUAAUUUAUGUAGAUGUUCCAACAUUCAUUCUACAAGAAACUCAAAAUAUCCUAGAAGAAAAAAAAAUUUUUCUACAAAGAAAAAUCCUUCAGUAGAUAUUAUUACUCCUUAUUAUCUAGAUGAGUAUGGUAGAAUUAAAAACGAUGAAAAAUCUGUAAGAAACUUACAGACACCACAAAAUUAUGCUGGAAUUAACCAGAAAAAAAAGAGGCAUUUAAAACGUAUUAUAACAUAUAAGGUUAACAAAGCAACAAAUGAAAGAAUUAAAGUUGACGAGCAAACAUAUUCCACUUCAGAUGAGUUAUCACAUACUCCAAAAAAUAAAUUAGAAUCAAUUAAAACUGAGGUCUCUGAUGAUCUAAAUACGAAUAAGAACAAUAACGACUAUUCUUCAUUUUUGUUUAAGGAGUACAACACGGAUCAAUGCAAACGUGAUGCAUACGAUAGAUUUAAAAAGGUCCAUUCACAAAAUACCAAAGAUAUUGCUUAUCAAAUUAUUUUAGACACGAAUAAUAUGCGAAGUAAUAUAUUAGCAACAGUGAAAAAUGCUUUAGGAAAAGUGAAAGUCUCCAAAACACUUAAUGACGUUGAUCAAAGUUUAAGAACAGUCAGUAACUCUCUGAAAACAGGUUUGAAACAAACUGUCCGUGAUUUGGUUACCAAAUUGAUUCGGUUAGCUAAAGGUUUUUGGAAAACAGUGGAAAACCUCAGUUACUUAUACAAGAAUGGUCCUCAGACAACAUACAAAAUGUUAUCCAAUAUUUUAAAAAAUGAAUCAACCAUUCCAGAUUCAGCUAAAGAUGUAUUAAAACUUAUUUCUCCACAAUUUGACGUGGAUGAAUUAAUAAAUAAUAUCUUAGAAAAACCUUUCAAUACAAAAACAUUGAAUGAGAAAAAGGCCAAAGCUCAAAGAAGACUUAUUAAUCUGUCAAAGCACAUGGACACGGCAAUAAGCAAUAUUGACUGCUGUGUACUAUCUGCCAUGUCUAUUGUAGGCAUCGGAGCGGAGACGUUAAAAGUUCUGAAAUCUGGGAGGGUAAUUAUGAAUGAUAAUCAUCCUAGGGUGAAAGCACUGAGAGAUGCUGUGGCAAUAAUUAAAUCGGGUAAAAAAAUCAUAAACAAUAACCGAGGUUUUACAUCAAAAUUGAUAGGUUUAGAUGGCUCCACUGAAAAUGACAAAUAUAACGAUGGCGAGGAUCCACAGGAAGUAGCUCAGAAAAACGAAGAUAUUUUAAAUGCUGUACCUGACCUAGAAGAUAAUAUGACUUUACCAACAAAAGUUCCAAACAAACGACAUCCGUUGAGUGUAAUUGUUGUGCAUCCGAACAAUGAUAUUGAUUACAAAGAAGUGACAGACACUUCACAACUCAAAAAAUUCGUUGGAGACCAGUCGAAAAAAUACAAAUUUCAAUAUAAAAAUAAUCAUCCUAGAUUUUUAAAACUAAUUGAUAAAAAAAUAUUCUACAAUGUAGUUGCAGAUGUUAAGAAAAAGGCUGAAACAAAUGGAAUGAGCAAAAAAGAAAUGGUACAAGAUAUUAUUGAUAAUUUGAAGAGUAGAUGAACGUAAUUACGAUCAUAAAUUUGAAUGAAUGUUUUUAUUAUUAUUUAUAAAAAUGCUGUUAUUACGCUAAAGAAAUGAUAAAUCUUGUAUUUAAUAUGUUAAAUAUUUUUAACUCUUAGUUCGUAAUGAAAUCGUCAAAAA